GUCAAUCAUACUUGGUGAUCACUGCAAGUCAAUUGUCACUCCCUUGUCCAAUAUACAAUAAUUAUACAAUUGCAAUUUCUACUUCCAACCCUCACAUUGUCGCAAUGGCUGCUAACAUCACUCCCUCUAAAAAGGCUGCCUCUGCCAUGGAAUCAUUAAAGAUGGACUCGCCUGUCAAGAAGCUUGAUUUCUCUGCCGGCAAGGAGAACGCGCCUUUCGACUCCAACAUUGAUGCCCUCUCCAAGGAGAUCGAUUCUCACCAACAGAUCCAAAAGAAAGAACAGAAACCUGUAGUUGCGCCUACUAUCCGAGCCGAGGAGGUUGAUGAGCCUAUCCUACAGGAGAACCCUCAUCGCUUCGUUCUGUUCCCCAUUAAGUACCAUGAGAUCUGGCAGAUGUACAAGAAGCACGAGGCAUCCUUCUGGACUGCCGAAGAGAUUGACCUGUCCAAGGAUCUUCACGACUGGAACAACCGGCUCAACGACGACGAGAGAUUCUUCAUCUCUCAUAUCCUUGCCUUCUUCGCCGCUUCGGACGGCAUUGUCAAUGAGAACCUGGUUGAGCGAUUCAGCGCCGAGGUUCAGAUCCCUGAGGCGCGAUGCUUCUACGGUUUCCAGAUCAUGAUGGAGAACAUCCACUCCGAGACUUACUCCCUGCUCAUUGAUACCUAUAUCAAGGAGCCCGCCCAGAAGACCCAUCUCUUCAACGCCAUUGACACAAUUCCCUGCAUUCGCAGGAAAGCCGACUGGGCUCUGCAAUGGAUCUGUGACAAGAACUCCACUUUUGCUCAGCGUCUGAUUGCCUUCGCUGCUGUCGAGGGUAUCUUCUUCAGUGGUGCAUUCGCCUCCAUCUUCUGGUUGAAGAAGCGUGGUCUGAUGCCCGGUCUCACCUUCUCCAACGAACUCAUCUCCCGUGACGAGGGUCUGCAUACCGACUUCGCUUGCCUUCUAUUCACACACCUUAAGAACCGCCCCGGCAAGGAUGUCAUCCAGAAGAUCAUCACCGACGCUGUCGCCAUUGAGCAAGAAUUCCUAACAGAGGCUCUGCCCUGUGCUCUGCUGGGCAUGAACGCCAACUUGAUGAAGCAGUACAUCGAGUUUGUUGCCGACCGUCUACUAGUUGCUCUUGGUAACGAGAAGGUCUACCGCUCUGCCAACCCCUUCGACUUCAUGGAGAACAUCUCCCUAGGUGGCAAGACCAACUUCUUCGAGAAGCGUGUUGGUGACUACCAGAAGGCAGGUGUCAUGGCCAGCACCAAGAAGAACGUAUCAAAUGACGACGCUGCCACCCCUGGAGAGCGAGAGAACGGAGGUGACUUCACCUUCGACGAGGACUUCUAAGCUUUCUCAAACAAGCUUAAUAAGCGCCAUUUCUCUUUUUCUCUUUUACGUCCUUUUUUCGAUACCCCCUUCUCAUUCUCGAUUAGAUUCAUCCCCCUGUGUAAUACUAUAUUCACGCCUACUUCCCUCAGCACCACUCUCCGGGUAGAGCUUAGAGGUUUUUUAUAAUAAACCACCAUAGACCGGCGAGCGAUUGCCUCGACGGU